CAGUGGGGGUGCCGCUCGAUGCCCUAUAUGAGAGGGUCUCCUCGCAAACGCUUCAAUCGACGUCGCGAGGUCCAGUCGUACGCGUCGCUUUGUCCGCGCAUCUAGCGCCCCUCCAAGAGCUGACGUCCACUUUAGCACACAAUGCCCGACCUAAGAGGAAAAGUGGCCCUCAUAACUGGCGCCUCGGCGGGCAUUGGCGAAAGCACGGCGAAGCAUUUUGCUUCGCUUGGCUGCUGGCUCUCCCUGAAUGCGCGGAACACCGCGAAUCUGGAGAGAGUGGCUGAAGCUUGCUGCGCACAGGGGCUUCCGCGGGACAAGGUUCUUGUCGUGCCUGGUGACAUAGCGGUGCAAAAGGAUGUCGCAGAUGUGGUGCAGAAGACAGCGAAGCACUUCGGCAAAAUUGAUAUUCUCGUUAACAAUGCGGCAAUUUCUGCACGAGGAUCUGUUCAAAGUGCCUCAGUGGAAGACUUCAACCGAUCGUGGCAGACGAACUUCCUCGGCCCUCUCUCCAUGAUCAAAAACGCUGUGCCCUACUUGCGUCAAACUAAAGGUAGCAUCGUCAACAUUUCUAGCAUUGCAUCGCUGAUAACGGUUCCCGCCAACGUGCCUUACAGUGUCGCCAAGGUAGCCCUGGACCACCUGACGAGAUGUGCUGCGCUAGAGAACGCUCCGUAUGGUGUACGUGUCAACUCAAUCAACCCGGGUCGUAUCAAGACGUUGAUUGCGAAAAGUCCUGAGCUCAGCGUAGAGGAACACAUGGAGCUGAUGGAGAAAAUAGCCGGUCCUCUGCAUGCGCUGGGACGAGUGGGCACACCGGAGGAAGUUGCCGACUGCAUCGCCUUCCUGGCAUCCGAUGAUGCCGCGUUUGUCACGGGGACCAUUAUGCCUGUCGAUGGGGGCUUAAUCCUUCUGUCCAGCGUCUCGGGUCCCGCUCAAUCGUCGGAUACGCACUAGUCUGCGCCAGAAGCCAAUGACAUAACUUUUCCAUGCUGACAAGGUACACUGCAAGAUCUAAGUACACGCUACAUUUUAUAUAUAUAACUCCACUGUCUUGUAAAUCAAUGAAUGUUUGGCGACUCGAGCUCUUCAGAGAAACAAUCUCGCUUUUUCUAAGCUUUGUGAGGCUAAGCAGGAACGCAUACACGGCUCUGCAAUACAGUAAAUAUUGGACGAAAAGUUACGCAUGCUAACGCGAAUUGCUUACAAGGUGCAGGUUUCAUUAUGGAGGACGCACGUCGAACGUGCUGCCUUCGUUAAGCACUUAACACCUAAGGGCAAAAUGACAUUAUCUGCAGCGUGCCAUGCGGCCCCUUGAUGACCGUGGCUAAAAAUAUUGAAUAAAGUUCUUGCUUUUU